AUGGGUCUCCAUCGGGUCAAGGUCGAGCCAGCCCCGCCUCACCUGCAUUUGCGCUCAAACAAGGGAAAAUUCGGCGGACUCGGUCGUAUCAGGGUCCAGCCAGUCUUGCGUCGCCAGCAAUCGCUCUCGAAAGUCGCAAGGCCGGGUGGACUCGCGUGUACAUGCGAGUGGUUACUCAAGUUCUGGCGUCGAAGUCAAAUCGGACAGCGGAGUCAGUACUCGGUUGAGCGGUUCCUUUCGUUUCGCGACUACUACCAGCACACGUCGACCGCCCGCGCAGUUGCUGUUUGUUUAUUCACACCAAUCCCCGCCGUCUUGGUCGCGCUUCUGACGGACUGCAUCCCGCUGAAAGCGCCUUCUGAUGGCUGGCGGUCUAAUUCUGCUUUUUGGAUUCGGUUGUUUAUCGACGUGUUUGCAAUCGCGGUGGGACUUUCUGCUCAAGUGAAAGAUGCAAUUGUGGAGGGAGCUAUCUCGAAUGGUGGUGCUGUUGUGGUCGCAUUUGGAACUGCCAUCUUUUUCAUAUUGCUAGCCAUCGCUAUUGUAGCAACGUGGCGCUUUCCGAUUCCUUUUGGUGGUAUACUAGCAAUUAUCCCGCUGAUUCUGCUCGAGGGGCUUCUUACGGUCAUGAUCGUUGGACCUCGUGUGAUAAUUCAACCAUCGGUACUUCGCCAGCAGGUUAAGGCGCAGUUUAUGAUUGUUGGAACUCAAGGU